AGUCUGUGCUACAAGCAAAACCUGAAGACGGCGAGAUCAUUAUUCUGAUUCUGAGUACUGCUUUCAAAUGGUGGUAAAAUAUCUCUCGGCAUAAGUUAUUUUUGACAAUUUUGCAAUUUUAAAGAAAAUUCUAAUCAGCUCUCACGAUUUCAGAAUUCUUUAUAAGUUUAAGAUGGCAAACUUUUCAGAAAGCCCAGAUACGUAUACCCUUUUCUUUGAGAAUGUUAGCGAUAACAUUUACGCGACCACGGCCGACCUCGUUGAUGUCGGUGACGGCGGGACGACGCGCUACAAGUCUAUUAACAAUCUCCAAGGGCUGAUCCUUGGAACAAGCCUCGUCAUCCUUAUCAUCUUCACCAAUCUCCUCAGCCUCGGGGCCUUCGCCGUCGAGAAGCGACUUCGCACUUACAACAACUACUUCAUCAUCAACCUCGCCAUCGCCGAUCUCAUCGUCGGGAUCAUCCAAAUCGUCGGCGUCAUCCACACGUUCUUGGGUUACUUCCCAGGAGGCGGGGAGUUCUGCAAGGUCUACCUCGGCCUGUGGAACGCGAUGUUCUCCGUAUCCACGGUCGGCAUCGUCGUCAUCUGCAUCGAUCGCCACAAAGCGACCUACGACCCGAUCAACCACUACAUGACGCGAAACAAGCGCAAGGCUGUUAUCCUCAACGUCUUCACCUGGCUAAUUUCGUUCGGAUUUUGGAUGUCGUUCGCGACGGUCUGGGACUUCGUCGUCGAUGCCAACUCCGGGAAGAGUUGCCUGGCGUCGUUCUCGAGGUACCCCGCUGCUAACAUGUUCCAGACGUGCCUGACCUUCUUCCUACCUCUGGUCGUCAUCUCCGUCCUCUAUCUCCGCAUCUACAUCAAGAUCAAGGAGACCGUUCGGGGCAAGAGUGUCAAUAAGCAUUUCAAGGAGGUCGGUGGAGACGGGUUGUCGAAGUCAACGAGCACGACGACGGUUUGCAGUGACCUGCCGUCGGGUGGGACGAUGGAGUUGAAGGAAUCGAGUGCUGAUGUGAAAAUCAGUGGCAAAGCAGGAAAGGAUGACGCCAGUGGUAACCGGACUACGACGGCUAAUCGGGAAUCCGCCAACGAGAUGCAGAAGGCUACCCGAACCCUAUCCUACAUCGUUUUCUCCUUCGCCAUCGCUUGGUUUCCCAACUCCAUCAUCUAUUUCCUCUACUCCAUUGAGCCCGAGUUGAUCGCCUACAAGAACCUGCCGAGGGAUGUGAAGCAGUUCUUCGUCUGGCUUCGGUUCGCAAAUAGUUUUCUGAAUCCGAUCUGCUAUUUGGUGUCGCAGCCGCUCUUUCGGAAGACGGUCAUUAACAUGCUUUGCCGUCCCCGCCGUUAUUGCUAAAAUGCCCUUUCCGUUAUUUUAGGAGCCCCCUCCCCCACCCAUGACAAGUCAUUUUUUUUAAAUAAUUAUAUUGAGAUUAAGAGUGAGUUAAUGAGGUAUCUAUAUAUAAUGUAAAAAUUCCCAUGCGUAAAAAUGGCAUCCUGUCAAAACAAAUGCGCAUAAAAUUCGAUUUGCAUAUGAAUUAAUCCAUUUUAAAUAUUCUUUUUAAACACGAGUCAAUGUAAUUUAUUUUAAGGACAAGUCCACCCCAACAGAAAGUUGAUUGGAAUAAAAAGAUAAAAAUCCAACAAGCAUAACACUAAAAAUUUCAUAAAAAUCGGAUGCAAAACAAGAUUAUGACAUUUUUAAGUUUCGCUUAAUUUUACAAAACAUCCCGGUCGGUUGGUAUGCAAAAUGAGGAAACUGAUGAAAUCACUCACUAUUUCUUUUGUAUUUUUUUAUUUGAGAUAUUCUAAUUUUCUCCUCUUUGUCCUGUGAAACAAAGUUUUAUUUCUCAUUGAACAUAUGGAAUUACCGUUGUUUUACAUUUUAUGGUUCAGUCAAGUUGGUCCUUCUUGUCAAAUCUGUAAAAAUAGAAAUAUUGUACAAUUCAAACAAUAAAAAAAAAAAUAGUGAGUGAAGGACAUCAUCGUUUCUCUUUUUUGCAUGUGACUAAAUUGUGCAUAUAACUAUUUUGUAAAAAAAUAGGCGAAAACUUUGAAAUGUCAUAACUUUCUUAUUUUACAUCCGAUUUUGAUGAAAUUUUCGGCAUUACGAAUGUCUGAUUUUCUUUAUUGAUGCAAAUCAACAUUCUUAUGAGGGGACUUGACCUGUAAGCUUUAGAUUGGUUCUUUUUGUAUUCACAUUGACAUUUAUUGUAAUUAUCUUACUUCACAAUGGCGUUUUAAAAGUGAUAUAUUGAAAGCAAAGAAAAUUAAAAUCAAAUAUAAAUGAGAUGAAUUUUGAACAUUUUUGCAUCUGUAGACGGUUAUAUGAAUUUAUCUUUAUAUUUUAUUGACUUGUGUUAUAAGUGUUACGUCAAACUUUGUAUUAGAACAUGAAUUUAUGUAUUAAUGAUAUUCAAACGAAAUAUAUGAAAAGAUGUUUC